GACUGCAGUGGGGCAUGCAAGUCUAAAUUUGGACAAGAUACAAUUAGCAGAUGUGACCGCGACGGUGGUAAAGGAACAUGUAUUUGCAGUUAUCCUUGUUCAACUGAAAAACCCCAUAUCUGAAGUCAGCAUUUUUUCAAUUUCUAUAAAGUAUAUAAUUAAAAAUUAAUAAAGUCAAAAUCUUAAGUGUUCUGGUUUUU